AUGAUAAGUGUUGACUCCGGACCGCUGAAGGAGUGUACAUACGAGUUUCAGGUGUGGCAACCGGAUGCAAAUGAGUUGAUGCGCAUGCGCAAUUUAGAGGUUCAGUUUAGCAACUUCACAAAUUACGUUCAAAAGGAGCUCCUUAGUUUCCAGCUGACAAGAUCGCUUGAUGCGGGGAGUUAUCGCAACUGGAGCGCGACGCACGAACGGACACUCACCGAUCUGAAGACAGAUCAGCUUGAAAAGUACAUACAGGUACAAGAAUUGAAAGCGAAAUUGGAACAAAUUGAAAUGAAAAUUGAGCAUCUAAGGGAGAAAAUACAAGCAAAGGCAUCUAAACACUCGCAUAAAAAGAAGCAUGUGCGAAUGGUCCCGAGUCUUGCCCAGGCGGAUACUCAGCGGCAUCAAGGCAUAGAACAUUUAAAAUCCAUGAUUUCGGACCUAAAGGCCGAGUGGAUUCUACUGAAACGUGACUUGAUCCACUUACGAGACGAGAACGACGAUAUAAAGAAGAUACAGUCUGAAAUAAUAAACUCCACGAAGGGUAUUCGUACUUGGAGCGACCAAGUUAAAGGUAUGUUUUCCGCAGCGAAUAUUAAGGACUCUCUGUUGGAUAGCGCACUGGCGACCGUGAACAAGGUCAUAGACCAGAUACAGCACGAUCUGCUGGUAAUCAAGGCGAACCAGCAGAAGAUAAAGGACGAUAUUGAGAAGCAUGCGACCGGCCUCGUGGCGCUGCAAGCAUCUACUGCGGACAUGCGACAAGGCUUCAUGGAAAUUCAACUCGCAAACAAGGUUGAUACACUUCAGCAGAUUGUGAGCUCCAUUGCGCAGCCGCAGAAAGGUGCGAUGCAGUUACAACAGGCGCCGAGCGCUACACAGAAGAAUCCGGAUGACAACGUUAUAAAGUUCCCGGAAGUCAAGUCGCUGAGAGAAAAUGAGAUACCCAAAGAUUGCUCAGAUAUCGUGGGCCAAGGUCACACAAUGAAUGGCGUGUACAAGGUGAAGGUAGCUCCGAUAUUAGCGGCGACGGAGGUCUACUGUAGCAUAGAGGACGGUGUCGGGUUUACCGUCAUUCAGCGUCGGGUAGACGGACUUCAAGACUUCGGGCGCGGCUGGCUUGAAUACAAAUAUGGAUUCGGGAAUGUGUACGGAGAAUUCUGGAUGGGGAACGAAAUUAUCCGGGCGUUGACGAAGGACAACGAUUACGGGCUGCGUAUCGACCUCUGGGACUGGGAGGGUAACGUAACCAAUGCGGAGUACGACGUGUUCUCAGUCAGUAACGAGGAGGGACGCUACGCGCUGCACGUGAGCGGCUACCAUGGCAACGCGGGAGAUUCACUAAGCUACCACGACGGCAUGAAGUUCAGUACGAAGGAUUUGGACAACGACAUCCAUCACCGGAACUGCGCGGCAGAGAACAACGGUGGCUGGUGGUUCAGCGACUGCUACUACAGCCACUUGAACGGCCGCUACCACACUGCAACCGAAUCAAUAACGGUUUUACUAGUUUUAUCGAAUUUUAAUAGUAAGAGAAGAAAAGUUCAAAACAAACCAACCAUAUUUUCAUCGGGAUUCGAACCCUACGGUGGAAUAAAGGCGACGUAG